ACUGAUACACGAAACAAAUUCGUUAUCGUGUUUUGUGCAGAGUGUUUAGUUGUUAGUGUUUGUUUAGUUCGUGAUUAGUGAAAAAAUAAUUUAUAUUUGAUAUGCCUCCUAUAAGACGAAGCAAUUUAGGUAGAAGAACCAGAAAUGCUACAAACCAAGCUAAUUACCGAUCUAAUCGUACUGCACAAGAACGUGACGACGGAAAUGAACGUGAAAGAAUUCGGAUAUCACAAACGCGUGAAGCGCGAGCGCGACAUUCAACUAAUAAUCGCGAAAGUUUGAAUCGAGCUGCUUUCAGUUACGAUGUGUCAAUUGACUACAGUAACUAACAAUGUGUUGUUAUUGGUUCUAUGAACUCGGUUUGCUCACACUGUAAGGCAUUAAAAUACAAAAACGAAGCCAAUGGAUUGUGUUGCGCAAAUGGUAAAGUGAAAUUGAUACCAUUGGAUCCACCACCAGAACCAUUGUACUCAUUGGUUUCAGGAAUAGGAACAGAUUCUAUACACUUUUUGACACAUAUCCAACAAUAUAACAAUUGCUUUCAAAUGACUUCAUUUGGGGCAACAAAUGUAGUUCGGGAAAAUUUUAUGCCAACUUUCAAAGUAUGUAUUAUAGCAGUUACUCAUAAUUAUUUUAGCGAACAAAAUUUUCUGUCACCAAAGUUAAGAUGUGUCACUAAUCUUCAAUUUCUUAAUCACUUAUAUAUCACUCAGUCAUCAUAUUAUAUGGUGAUUCAGUUUCAGUGACACUUUUAUUAUAUUUUAUAUUUGAUAGAUAUUAGUUAUAACUAAAUAUAUACUUUUUAAGAUCAAAUAUUAUUUAAGUUUGAUCACUGACAAUCCAUUAAUUUAUACCAUAAUAUUUUUUUUUUAUUUACAGAUACAAGGGCAAAUAUAUCACAGAGCAGGUUCACUGUUACCAGUGUCAGAUAGCGACAACAAAUUCCUGCAAAUUUAUUUUAUGGGCAAUUCACCACAAGAAAUUGAUCUGCGUUGUGCACAUAACAAUUUAGUAAAGAGGUCUAUUGUAGAACAAUUACAAACUUUAUUUCAUCAACACAAUCAAUUGAUUAUAUUGUUUAAAACUGCCCUGGAUCUGAUGCCAUCCGAUAAUCACAAAAUUGUAAUCAGAGCUGAUAAAACACCUGCAGGUCAACAUACAAGACGUUUUAAUGCACCAACUAUUGAUGAAGUUGCUAUCGUUGUAGUUGGAGAAAACUUGGAAUCCCGUGAUAUUGUUUUACAUCGUCGGAAUGAUCAAUUACAACGUAUAAAGGAAACACACCGCUCAUAUGAUGCACUGCAAUAUCCCAUUAUAUUUUGGCAAGGUGAAGAUGGCUACGAUUUCUCAAUAAAAAUGAUAAAUCCCAUUACAGGUUCUGAAACCUACAAAAAAGUCAGUUCAAUGAACUAUUAUUCAUACCGCCUAAUGAUUCGGGAAAAUGAAGAUAAUCACAUAUUGUAAUGUCGGCGAUUAUAUCACAAAUAUGUUGUUGACAUGUAUGUUAAAAUUGAAACGGAGAGAUUAACAUUCAUCAGGUUGAAUCAAACCAAACUCCGAUCUGAAGAGUAUAUUCACCUUCGAGAUGCGAUUAAUACUGAUGGAAAUGCACAGAAUGUCGGUCGGAUGACUAUUCUUCCAGCAACAUACAUCGGAAGCCCUCGGCAUAUGCACGAAUAUGCUCAAGAUGCCAUGUCGUAUGUUCGUCAUUAUGGUACAGCAGAUUUGUUCAUCACAUUUACAUGCAAUCCGCAAUGGAUAGAAAUCAAGCAGGAGUUAUUCCCUGGGCAAUCACCCAUUGAUCGUCAUGAUAUUACAGCCAGAGUCUUUAGACAAAAGUUGAAAUCUUUAAUGGAUUUCAUCGUAAAACAUAAUGUGUUUGGUGAGACACGCUGCUGGAUGUAUUCUGUGGAGUGGCAGAAACGAGGAUUGCCACAUGCACACAUUUUGAUUUGGUUGGUUGAAAAGAUAAGGCCAAAUGAAGUUGAUGCAGUGAUAUCAGCUGAAAUCCCUAAUGUACAAGUAGAUCCUGGAUUGCAUGAGGUAGUCAUCAAAAACAUGAUACAUGGUCCAUGUGGAACUCUUAAUCAAAAUUCACCGUGUAUGAUGGAUGGUAAAUGUUCAAAACGAUAUCCACGGACAUUAAUAUCGGAAACAAUUACUGGUAAUGACGGUUAUCCAUUGUAUCGUCGCAGAUCGACAGCAGACAAUGGAAAAUCAACAAUUGUCAAAUUAAAUCAACAAGAUAUUGAAAUAGAUAAUCGUUGGAUUGUUCCAUAUUCACCCAUUUUAUCAAAGACAUUCAAAGCACACAUCAACGUUGAAUCUUGCCAUUCAGUGAAAUCUAUUAAAUACAUUUGCAAAUAUGUAACCAAAGGGAGUGAUAUGGCUGUGAUUGGAAUUGGUGCAGAGAAUUCCAAUGAUGAAGUUACCCAAUACCAAAUGGGCCGCUAUGUCAGUAGUAAUGAAGCAGUUUGGCGAAUAUUUUCUUUUCCUAUUCAUGAGAGACACCCUUCUGUUGUUCACUUAGCUGUGCAUUUAGAAAAUGGACAAAGAGUGUAUUUUACAGCACAGAACGCAGUACAAAGAGCUGCUCAGCCACCAUCUACUACAUUAACCAGUUUUUUUGAGACAUGCCAAAACGAUGAUUUCGCAAAAAGAUUGCUAUAUUCUGAAAUGCCAAAAUAUUAUACCUGGAAUCAAUCCUCAAGGAGAUUUAUACGACGGAAACAAGGAAAACCAGUUCCAGGAUAUACAGAUGUAUAUUCCACCGAUGCGAUUGGUCGGAUUUAUUCAGUACAUCCAAGCAAUGAUGAAUGUUUUUAUUUACGACUGCUAUUAGUCAAUGUACGUGGCCCAACAUCAUUCCAACAGUUACGAACUGUUGAUGGUGAAUUGUGUGGAUCCUACAGAGAAGCCUGUCAACGUUUGCAAUUGCUUGAAAAUGACGCUCAUUGGGAUCAAACUCUCAAUGAUGCUGUAAUAUCAUCACACGCUCAUCAAAUACGAACAUUGUUUUCUAUAAUCAUAUCUACAUGCUUCCCAUCAAACCCAAUUGAUUUGUGGAUCAAGUACAAAGAUUAUAUGUGUGAUGAUAUUUUGUAUCAAAUACGGAAUAGAAUGGGAAAUCCAAAUAUUCAAAUCAGUGAAGAAAUUUACAAUGAAGCAUUGAUUUCAAUUGAGGACAUGUGCUUGAUAAUGUCAAACAAACUAUUGAUUCAAUUAGGCCUGACCGCGCCCAAUCGUCCAAUGCAUGACGCUUUUAACCAAGAGUUGCAUCGAGAAAAACUGUAUGAUCUCAACGCUUUGAAAGAAUUAAUUCAAACAAAUCUUCCACUGUUAAAUGAACAACAGAAGUAUGUAUUUGAAACUCUUAUGAAAGUAACAAAUGAUGAAACUGGAGGGAUUUACUUCUUAGAUGCACCUGGUGGUACAGGAAAAACUUUUUUGAUUUCAUUAAUAUUAGCAACAAUUCGCUCACAAAAUAAAAUUGCACUUGCACUCGCUUCGUCGGGAAUCGCAGCAACUUUGCUUGAAGGUGGUCGAACAGCCCAUUCAGCACUAAAAUUGCCAUUAAAUAUGCAAAGCAAUGAAACUCCAACCUGCAACGUUUCGAAGAACUCUGCAAUGGCAAAGGUUUUGCAGCAAUGUAAAUUGAUUGUUUGGGAUGAAUGCACGAUGGCACAUAAAAAAUCUUUGGAGGCUUUAGACAGAACCUUAAAAGAUCUACGGAGCAAUAAUAACCGAUUUGGUGGUGCAAUGAUUUUAUUAGCAGGAGAUUUUCGUCAAACAUUGCCAGUGAUUCCACGAUCAACGCCAGCUGAUGAACUCAAUGCAUGUCUAAAGUCCUCCAAUUUGUGGAAACAUGUCAAAGUACUUCAUUUAAGCAAGAAUAUGCGUGUCGAGUUGCAAAAUGACCAAUCUGGAAACAUAUUCUCUAAACAACUCAUUGACAUUGGUAAUGGCAAAUUUCCUAUAGACAUGUUGACUGGCUGUAUUAACUUUCCUCAAAGUUUUUGUCAGUUAACUCGAUCAAAAGAUGAACUUAUUCAGAAGGUGUUUCCAGAUGUUUCUCAAAAUUACAAAAACCAUGAUUGGUUGAGCGAACGAGCUAUACUGGCUGCAAAAAACAUAGAUGUAAAUGAAUUAAAUUUCAAAAUUCAAGAACAAAUUACAGGCGAAUUGAGGAUAUAUAAAUCAGUUGAUUCGGCUACUAAUCAAGAUGAUGUAGUCAACUAUCCACCGGAAUUUUUAAACUCGCUGGAUUUGCCAGGAUUGCCACCUCACAAUCUUCAAUUAAAUGUUGGAUCGGUGGUUAUAAUGUUGCGAAAUAUCAACCAACCGCGUCUUUGCAACGGUACACGGUUAGCGAUAAAAAAAUUACUAAACAAUGUGAUAGAAGUAACUAUACUAUAAUGCUAUGACUAUAAACAAGUCCCAGGGGCAAUCAUUAAGUGUUUGUGGUAUUAAUCUAGAAAACCCAUGUUUCUCACAUGGUCAAUUGUAUGUUGCCUGUUCCCGUGUUGGAAAACCAUCAGAUUUGUUUAUCUAUGCGCCAGGUAAUCAAACAAAAAACAUCGUAUACCACAAAGCACUACAAUGAUAACAAUAAUAAUUAUGAUUCACAUGAUUAACAAUAAAGCGAUUACUUACUUUUAAAUCCUUAUAUAUGUUUUAUUUAAUUAUUUUUUAUUCACAACGCCCUAUCACCAGGGUGACGGUUCUGUUCAGGAGAAUUUUUUAAAGUACGUAGGCACAAGAACUGCCACAUUACAAAUCUUUUUGACAGGACGAAGUCUGUCGGGUCAGCUAGUAAUAUUAUAAAUAACAACAUAUAAAUUGUCAUAUUUGUGUACGAUAGCGCAAUAAAUAAACAUUGU